GUCCCUCGAAAUCUGGCGCAAAGGAAUGAAGAAAGCAGGCGUCGCUUAAAUUUUGAUUAAAUGUGACAAUUCCAAGCGACAAAAUGCCUGGUGAUAUAGGAAACCAACUGAAGAAGGGCACACGCAGCGACAUAGAGGCCGCAUGCCGAACUGUGGAGACGGAGUUUCGCCAGAUCGCGGAUGGAUUGCGGCGUGGGACCAAUGACGCGUUGUAUGCGCUGCGUUACGAGUUGAGUGUUCUGCGCCAUAUUUGCAUAGCCGUCAAGGAGAAUCCCCAGCAGAACGGUGAUCUCUACGGGGAUAUGGUGGCCGUCAUGCUGCCACACGUGCGUCCCUGUGAGGAGAAAGCCAGCCUGUGGGAGACGCAUCUUACCAGCCUGCGCUACAUUCUGCAUGUCCUGUGCCAAGAGCGAUCUAUAGGAGCCUGUCAACGGAUUUACGGCCUCAUCCGAGCGGAGCCUUGUCGCCUGCAGGAGGAAACGAACCACAAAGUAUAUCUAGACAUCCAUUUGACCCACUUUAAUGGAAUCUAUAUGCUGAUGCAGAAGCAACUGCUGCCCCUGGAGGCCUCAAGCCAGCUGUGCCAAGCCCUGGAAUCCCUGGGCGACCUUUUUGAGGCAAUGAGACUGAAGAAUAUUACCAAAACCGGACCACUUUUGGAGCGACUUAACGAAACGUUGUUCGGCAAGCGCAGCAAGACAUUCUUAAAAUCGCUGAGUUUCCUGCCCUCGGAGAGUCUGUCCAAGAUGCUUGGCUCCCUAUUAAGACUCCUUGCCACCAGUUCCACCUCAGAGUUGAGCAAUCAGUUCAGCGAGUACCUUAGCUUUAUGCUGGCCCUGGUCCAGAUCGACAUGCUGAGCCCGGAACCGAGUCGGCAGCUGUCGCUGCAGCUGCUCCGCAUGUGCAAAGAGCUCUUCCGCCAGGAGACAAACCUCACCUACGCCCUGCAGCUGCUCUAUUACUACCUGAAGCUGCUCUACGUCCGUGAAGCCACGCCCAACUUCAAACGCAACUACAUCGACCUCAUCCGAAAGUUUCAGAACUUUUUCGAGCACAAGGCGACACCGCAUGCCACGGAGCAGUGGCUGACGGACCUGCUGGUGGCCAUCCAGCGACUGCAAAUGCUGCUCCAGCAGAGUGGCAGCAAACUGCAGUCACCGUUUCAGGUCUUUUGGCAGCAAAUGGAGGGCGAGGGCAGUCCGGAGGCAUAUGCAGCUCACUUUCAGCUUCUGCACAGCUGUGCGGGGCUGGCGGUGAAUGUGACGCGGAGUCCGCUGGCCAGCAGUUGCUCGAAUGAGGCCUGCACGAGUGUGCGAAGGCACUGCAUGCUGGCCUUUGGCCUGACUGCCCUGGAUGCUUACAUCAAUUGGCAGCCGACGCAGGAACAGAAGGCGGAUAGAACCCCACAUAAACCCCUGCUGGGCAUCCUCAGCUUCACCAUGGACGUGGCCAAGAGCCUAAAGUGUCUCGGUCCAGCCAGCAUAGAGCUCAUCAAGCUGGUACGCCAGCUCACUCAUGUGGCCGAUCAGGUUACGUGUCCCGAGCAAAUAGAUCUUCUGUGUCACCUGCUGGAGCCUUUGCAGAAGUUGCGUCCCUUGAUUCCACAUCAGGAGAUGCGAGGCCUGCUCCGACGUUUGUUCAAGGCCAGUGCCUACUGCAAGGAUCCCCAGAGAGCAGGUCGCUUGUGUGCCAGCUACUUGGCUUCGCUCACGAAUCCGGCUCGUUUGAGGUCACAGAUCUGUUCGCAUUACCACCAGCAGGGCAAGGAGGAAAAGGAGAUCCAGAGAUGCAUCUUCGAGUGGCACGAGUCCUGCCCGCUGCCCUAUCCCCUGACUCCCGCGGAGAAGAAGCAGCUCUACGACACAGAUCUCUUUGCGGCGCUUCAUUAUGUGAGGAAUCCCUCGGUGACUCAUUUGAAAUCCUUAAUUCGCUGCCGAAUGAGUGACUAUCAUUUGGUGCUCCUGGCCAGGCAGCUGCGCAACGAUGGCUCCAUAUUGAGGGAGUGCCAGGAGCUUAUCUCUAAGCUAAAGGCUCGCAGCUGGCUGAACCGCAUGGAACAUCUAAACCUGGGUCAUGCAAACGUGGGAUUGCUCCUUGAUGCCUUGGAGGCUCAGAAGUGCACGGUUUCCUCGAAAGAAACUGGAGAGAAUCAAUUGGAGGAGCUGCUGCUGCGACAGAAUCUAUCGGAGAUCAGUAUCCAAAGAGAACAGCGACUGGUUAAUUUGGCCAGCGAAGCCAUUGCUGGCUUCAAUACCUUCUUUUGUCGAGCGGACGAAGAGCCGCUGGGUAGCGAGGAAACAGCCAUAGAUUGGGAAGCCCUAAUAGACGAUGCUGUGGCCGCCGCCAUGGCCUUGUCCACAAUGGGCUAUCAGGCUCAAGCUGACGAUGCUUGGCUGUUGCUUUUGAGGAUUGGAAGCAUGCUAAUGGAUCGCUUUACCUAUCUACGCGCACUGACACAUUUUUUGGCUCAAAAUGAAGUGAAUCCUCGACUGAAACUGGACUUGUCCGAGGAAGUGGAGCGAGCGGAGGAUCUUCUGGACGAUUUGUGGCCGCAGCUGCCGAGUGGCAGGUUCUUCAAGCGCCAGGACUCCACGGUAAUGCUGUGCCUGUGCCACCUGGCCAGCUAUUAUGCCAGGAGGGAGUGCUUCAGUCAUGCUCAGCUAAUUCUACUCCUAGUGGAGCAGCUACGUGGAGAGUUGCCCGAGCGUCUGGGAAAGACCGACAUAGUCUUGAUCACCUUGCAAACGGUGCGUUUUCGGCUGAACUAUGAGCAGAGGUACCCGGAGGAAUAUCCAAGGAUGCCUACACCGCUGCGACAGUUGGACACGCUGCAGGAUAAUGUGAGGAACUUCUGCAAUCUCUCUAGCUUGGACGGCGGCUACCUACAGCUGCUGCUCUCGACUCUGGUUCGAGAGAGCACGGAAUGCUCCGCCAAUAGGCUAAGCGAACGGCUGGCCUUCUCCAACAUUGUUCUCAAGUUGGUCCUGCAAUCGGGACUGGCCCUAAGGACCAUUGAGGUGUUCCUGGCCUGGCUGUGGACCAAUCUACAGAUGGAGAACCUGGACCGGGCUCAGUCCAAGCUGCGACUCAUCGAACACUGUAUGGGUAUCAAGCGUUUGAAGCGAAAGGAAGCCGAACCUUUGGCAAUGGAGAAGACGGAAGUCCAGGAUCCGGCCUUAAGUGAUCUGGCGAGCAACAUGCAUCUUCUGCAGCUGGUGGAGCCCAUCAGGAAGCAGCAGCAGCAUUUGGAUGUGGCCCUGCCGAGUAUGCUGCGUCCAAAUAGUCCCAGUUCCCAGCUCAGUCUGGAUCGGUAUUUGAACGUAAGCGAGGCUCCCGCAGUUAUACGUGGAAAUUUUCAGCUGCGAAGCACUUACUUCAUAAUGGGCUGCCUUCAUGCACGCCUCUGCUUUCUCCAGAGGAACAGCGACCAGCUGGAUGACUUCUAUGCCAGCGCGGAGAGCAAACUGAAGGAGAGUCCCGAGCUGAGCGAUUCCCUGGGCUCCAUGCUGCACGUCCAGCAGCUUUAUAGGGCCAACUAUUUGCGCUUUCGGGGCCAGCAUGUGGACGCAAUAACUGUGGCUCAGCUUGGAAUGGAAACGCCUCUCCAAGCCAUGGACAUUGACUACAAUUACAACUUCAUGACGCAGCUGAAGACAGCGGAACUGGAGCUUAAACCCGAGAACCUAGUGGAGGCGGAGGGUGUGCAGUGCCAGAGCCUGCGAAGAGCUUUGAAUUUUCUCUCACCGGAAAGAAAAAACGAAACCCCUUCGGAUAAGGAGUCCUCCACGAAGUCCGCCAAGAAGGGACCCAAAUUUAAGAUUUUCACAGAGUUGGAACUGCGUCCACCAAGCGGCAGCAGUGGCAGUUCCAGCGAAUACACUCCGCCCGUGAACUUGGACACCUGCCAGCCGAUCGUGUUAAGCGACGAUGAUGAUGAGUCACCCUGCCCCACGACCAGCCUGAAGCCCUCCUUGCCAAAGACCACCGAGAAACCAAAACCCAAAGUUAAGUCCAAGCUCAAUAUGGCCAUCUUUGUCGAUGAAAGUCCGGAGGCUGUGGCCGCACCAACGCCAUCACAGAAAGUCACCGGACGAAGCACAAGGGCAGCAAGGAUACGGCAACCGGAGGAGACACCAAAGACAGCGACGAGGAGACCCCGACGUGCGGUGGCUGUGACGGAACCGGAGCAGGCCACAGAACCAGAAGCCACGGGCACACGAAGUCGUAGGAGAAAGUGACUGAGAGAUUAUAAAGAGACUAUUUCGUUUAGUUUUAUAUUAGCUUCGGUUUGUAUGUUUCUUAUAUAAAAAUGUGUGUUUUUACCUACAUAUA